GCUUCAUUCAUAAUUUCUAUUUAUUGAUACUCGACUCGAAUGUAUUUGUUUUUGCUCGUGUAAGUUUUCCCAAAAUAUCCUAGAAAUUACAACGAGAAGACUUGAAAAUAAUAUAAAAAUUAUUAAAAAAGAUUGCCAGCCACCAAGCUGCAGUGUAAGAACACAUUCCCAGAUCAAACAAUUCCGAUUUGAAUUGCCACCAUCCAAGCGCAAAUGUACCAAUACAUGCAUACACACAAACUCGCAUUUACGUUGGAGCUGUUUAUGAAUUUAUUACAACAAUAGGACAACAUUCUUGUUGUUGUACUCAAGAAAUUUUUCGUUUUCUUCAUCGCUUCAACUUCUUCUGCCUAUCAUUUUGGCUUCUAUCGCCACCACUGGGGUGAUUGUGUACUACGCCACAUACUAUGUCAACAAUCGACGAACGUACAGCCUAUAAAAAUAAUCCCUAUUUCACUGGACACAUUUAUGGAAAUUUCUCACCGUUUUAUGUGACCAUAGCUGUCUGUACGGUUGUUUUUAGUGCAAUAAUUUUGAUCAAUAUCAUACUUGGUUGCUGUUCAAAGCAUCGUAAAUACUGGCAGGAUAGACAUACAGGCAAUCGUUGGCUCGUAUCAAUUUGGUCGGCAACGCCACAUAAUCAACCACCAUUGGAUUUGACAGAAUUGAAAGACGCAUCGUAUUUCCAAAAGCUGCAGCCCGCACAACGCAUUUUCCCCGAAGAUAUCGAGGCGCAAGGUGAAGAAGUACCCAUACAUCAGUAUCAGCAACAACAACACCAAAGUCGUCCCCCACGCCCCGAAGGACGAAGUCUACACCAACAGCAAAGGCAUCGUGAGGAGUACGUUGAAUUACAAACCAAACGUGAAAGCGAUAUAUAAAUUUGAAAGAAGCUAACUCAAAGAAGAAAACAACAACAUAUCAACUUGUUUUUUUAAGACUAAAACAAACAAAAA